AUGAGGAUCAGCUGUUGGACCUGGUGCGGGGGGGGGGGGGGGGGAGCGAGUGACGUCAGCUGUCACGGCCGCGCGGGCAUCCGGCCCGGUGUGUCAGGUUCCCCCGUCCAAGCGACGCCGGCGGCGCUGCAGUCGUCGACGGACCCUCUGACCCGGGGCAUGGCAGCGCUCGCCGCGGCUCUGGCCGCCGCAGCCCUCCUAGCCGCCUGGCGCCUCUCUUCCGCCACCGCCGUAGAAAAUCAGACCUACGAUGCCAUGCUCAAGUGCCAAGAUGAACUACAGUUGGAUGAUGAUACUUUUAAGGAGUUGGUACUGAAAAUUCCUAAGGAAGAAAAUGAAAUGUCCAGAUGCUUUCUGGAGUGUACGAUGAAGAAUCUAGGCCUGAUAAGUUAUGGGGAGGUGGAUACCAAAAAACUUACAAAACACCUUAAGAAUUCUAUUCCUCUUACUGAAGAUUUUGAAAGACGUCUUGUGAAGAACAUACAGGAAUGCAACUUAAAGUAUGCUGGCGGAAACUGCAUGAAGACUUACAAAAUAUGGAAAUGCAUCGUGGAAUAUUUAUGAUACGUUAAUAAUAAUAUUGUAUGUGUGAAAAUAUGUGACUAUCAAGCCAAAAGUUACACUCCUAGCUAAGGGGUGUGUUGUAUUAGCAAUUAAUAUUGCUCUUUAUUUCAUUUCCGACUAUCAAAAUACUUAGUUAAGUAUUUAAUCAUGAUGUUACAAAAUCUAAAACAGAAACCAUUAUUUGAAUGACCUGGCUAUGUGUAUUAUAUAGAAAAUGUUUAUCGUUUUAUUGUUUAUAGAAUUUACAUUACCUGGUCUCUUAAAAAAACAAUGAUAAAAUAUGUUUUCACAUCCGCUUUUCAUUAUACAUCCAUGUGAUUGUACGUGACACUGUAAGUCUUAAGGAAUACGGAUAAUGGAGCUACAACCAGCUUGACUCUUCAAGAAAUAGCGAUUCUCUAGCAAUUAUAAUUAGGUUUUCGGAUUAUAUUUACACGUUUCUCACAACAGUUACAACCAAAGUGACAUAUGGUGCGACAUAAAAUUUUCAAUUAUGCAUGGAGUGUUUACGUGGGCGUAACCACAUUGCUAUAGUAAAUUAAUGUAAUACAUUUUAAUUAAAAACAUCCAUGUGUAUAUGACUUUACAAAUAACUUUACAAAAAUACACUGUUAAAAACUCCAAGUACCAUUCAGUGGUGACUGUAUAUUCUUCGAAAGUUUUCCGUUCCAGUGGAGUGCAUAUUAUGUACACAUUAAAGGCUCAAUUAAAUUUUUUAAUGGCUUGUGUU